GUCAUGAUUAUGUUAAUCGAGAAUGGUGCCAACUUGCCAUUCCAAUAUAUUGGAGAGCACCAUUUAGUUAUACGAAAAAAAGAAGCAAGCUCGCAAUAAAGAUUUACAAAUUAUUUCUCAAAAAAAAUUCGCAAAAGUUUACAAAUCAAAGUCUUCCAACACUGUAUGAUUAUCCAUUGUUUCUCAAAGAACUCAAUUAUACACACCUACUGGAGCUUGAUAGAACAACUGCAAAUGUCGAAACAAUACUUAAAAUGCUAAUAAAUCGUGGGAUUCGUUUAAACGUAUUUGUUAUGGAUAAUACCGGUGCACUUGGAGAACACAUUUACGGAUUAUGGACAGACUCAUGUUAUACUCCAAUGUUCAGUUCUCUCGUUCAUGUCAAAAUACAUGCUCCUUUUCCAAAGAAUAGGGUAAUAAAGGCAUUGGCAGAUAACUGUACUAUGCUGUCACAUAUUGAUAUUAAUCUUUAUGAUAACUCUCCUGAUCGCAUCAAAAUAAUGCUCAAUGAUCUUGAAAAACUUUUCACUGCACAAAAAUACCUUUUAAAUCUUCGAUUGAUAUUUCACAAUGGACCUGGGAAAUCACUAAUCAAAAUAUUUCAGUCACAACCUGAAUCUUUUAAACGGUUGGAACUUGUAAAUUGGAAUUUUGACGAAUGUGAUUGGAAAUGGUUGGAAAAAUGUCCAAAUUUGACAGAAUUUGCAAUAACCAAUCCUCAAAAUCAAAUCUUGGAAAUUUUAGGCACUAAUACUGAAAUUCUUAACUUUAAAAUAUCGAAGAAAUCAAUUUCGACUACACAUUGGCAUUUUAGCAAUGAUGAUAAAAUUUCUUCAAUGCUAAACUUUUACUUUCACCCAAAACAAUCAUCGACGGAUCUAUAUUAUGAUGAACCAAUUGUGAUCAACCCAAUGAAUUAUACUGGAAGAAAGACAAAAUCUCUUAUUUUAAGCUUGAAAUCAAAUUAUUAUUAA